CUCUGAAUAGUGAACACAGAGGAGCAAAAAUUGCUUUCAGACACAAGCUAACUACACACAAACUCAUGAUUCUGUGAAGCCCUCAGAUGUGCUGUGUUCCCUAACAGAGCUCCAGCAGUUUUCACACAGCUUUGGGUCUAUUAAUCAGUCUAAUCGUCCAGAAGCCAGCAUGAGGUCCCCCUAUUUCCCAGCCAGGUCAGUACUUUUCCACAAACAGCCCAAUGGAGUGACCUACAGAGUCCCGGCUUUGUUGUACCUGCCGCACUUCAGAUCAUUUCUGGCUUUCUGUGAAGAGAGACUAAGCCCAUCAGACUCUCACGCUCACCUUCUCGUAAUGAGGAAAGGCACCUUCUACAGGAACUAUGUGGAGUGGAAGGACAUUCGUGUUCUUGGCACAGCCUUCCUACCUGGUCACAGGUCCAUGAACCCAUGUCCCGUGUAUGACGAGUUCACUGGUUUGCUCUUCCUGUUCUUCAUCGCUGUCCUCGGCCACACCUCCGAGUCCUACCAGCUGGUGACCGGGGACAACGUGACCAGGCUUUGCUACAUCUCCAGUACUGAUGGUGGAGACACUUGGAGUAAAGCCACCGACCUCACUGAGACAGUCAUAGGAAGCACUAUCAAAGGCUGGGCCACCUUUGCUCUGGGCCCGGGUCACGGCAUCCAGCUGAAGUCGGGCCGCCUGCUCAUCCCUGCCUAUGCCUAUCACAUUGAGUGCAAAGAGUGCUUCGGGCAGCUCUGCCUGAACACUCCUCGUGCCUUCUGCUUUCACAGUGACACCCAUGGAAGAACCUGGCGUUUCGGCGAGGCCAUCCCAGCUCCAGAGAGCGUGGAGUGUCAGAUGGUGUCUGUGGAUGAAGAGGACGGCUCUAAUGUGCUAUACUGUAACGCUCGCAGCCCUCUGGGAUGCAGGGUGCAGGCAGUCAGUCUGGAUGAUGGCGCUGUAUUUCAGCAGGGCCAGCUGGUGCCACGCUUGGUGGAGCCUAGGAACGGUUGUCAUGGAAGUGUUGUUGGAUUUCCUGCUCCGUUACAUCUAUAUAAAACUCUUACUGGUCAUACACCUACUUGCAGACACUGGACGCCCUUUGUGGUCUGCACUGAUCAAAACCAGAUAUCUUAUUUACCAACAACAAACAGCAGCCGCUGGUCUCCAAACAUCCCAACUGCACUUCAUCCCAGCACCCCCCCCGACUUCCUAACUCCCACCUGGGUGGUUUAUUCCCACCCGACACAAACCACUGCCCGCAAAGAUCUGGGUGUUUUCCUCAGCCUGUUUCCAAGAGAUCCAGACAGCUGGCGUGGCCCCUGGGUGAUCUACGAGGGCCCCAGCGCUUACUCUGAUCUGGCCUAUCUGGAGCUGUCGCCUUCACCGGGAGAACCCCCCACUGUGGUGUUUGGCUGCUUGUUUGAGUGUGGAACAAAAACAGCAUACGAUGAAAUCUCCUUCAGCAUAUUCAGCCUCUAUGAGCUGAUAAACAAUCUCCCAGGGGAAAAAGAGCUAAGUGAGAGCAAGGAAAAGAACACUCAUCAAGCCGCUGGUAGAAAUGAGCCUCCAAGUUCAUCAGUCACCCACCCAAUGCUUCAUGUUAAGAAGAGGAGGAAAAGCAAGCUGAUGAAGAUUUGUUCUGUUUCUUAAAUGUUUUUAAUAAUAUAAUUUCCUAUCUUUUAAUAACAUAUAAGUUUUAAUAAAAGAAGAAAAAAUGGAUGGUGUGGUUUGUAUUAUAAUAUAACUGAAUUCAAAUAGUAAAGUCUGUAUUUAGGCAACAGAGCAAUUAGUAAAACUUGAAAGCCCAGGUUUUGGGUUGUUUAUUAGGUUAAAAGUAAAGCAAGUCUGAAAGUUGGAGGAAUUCCAUCAGAACAGGAGGAAAUUUAUUGGAGUAAAUAUGAUUUAACUUGGACUAAUAACUAAUACUGUAGGUUGGCCUCUAACUGGGAUAUAAAAUAUUAUUAGGGAAUAAUUUUUCUAUAGAAAAGGGUAAACAAGUUAAUUUUUAUAUCGGGCCACUUCGGCACUAUCGGGUCUUUAGAAGGUCCGGCUGUACCUGUAUAAAUUAAGCUUUUGAUUUAAUUGUUUAAUUGACAAAGAUUCCACUUUCUUGGUAUUUUAGCUUUUUUUUUGUUUUAGCCUCUUAGUUUAUGUAGCAGACCUGCUGGAGGUCAUCCUGCGGAUAUUGCACAGAUGCUUUGGCCAUGCUCUCCAUCACUACAGCUCAUACCCGGUGCAAAAAUGUGUGGAAAACCACAGAGGUCACUUUUGUUAGUGCUAAGAAGCUAUGAAUGUAAAGCACUUUGAGUUGUGUUGUAUCAAUAAAUUAGCCUUGCCUUAUGUUUGAGUGGUUCACCAAGGUUGUUUUUUUUGUAAGGAUAUACAUGUAGAGGCUCUUUUAGAUGUUUAGAAGUUAGAUGUUUUUUUUUGUGUUAGUUUUUAAAGGUUG